UUACUAGUUUAAGUAUAGAUUUUUAAUUUGCACUAAAUUUAUUACAUUAAAGAAUUGAAAUUAUAAUUUAAACAUUGAGAAAAAAGGAAGCGAAAUACGUGGAUCGGAGCAGUAAGGCGGGCAGAAAGAAAAGAAUAAGCUUAAAUAUCGCACAAGCUAUGGCUUCAGAAUGUUGCUUCUCUCUUUUUCUUCAAUACUUCAUUCUUAAUUUAUAUGCUUCAACUGCUUCUUUAAUCUAAAUGCUUCAUUCUUGGAUUUAAUUAUUUUGCUUAACUUUCAUUUUCAGGGAAUUUUUCUUUACUUGAAGUUUUAUGGACACGAAUGAACACCACAAUCUAACCAAUUUUUGCUGAGGGACUGUUUAUUUAAGAUCAUUAACUUAGCUUGAGUUAGAUGAGGAUCAUUCCCAUGUGCUUCUCAUCAAUCUUGCAAGUUCCUAGAUGUAGAUUCCACACUUUAGCUAACUUUUGGCCGGAAAGCUUCCACAGCUUGCCUAAUAAAUGUGGAAGCAAUUCUACCUUUAGGUUGCAUAGUGCAAAACUUGACGGGCUUGAAGGCGGAUAUAGCAGACGAUGGAUUAGAAGACCUGUAAGUACAAAAACAGAAGGAACAAAUAAAAUCACUCAGAACAAGAAUAAAUUAACCAGUGCCAGCCAUGGAGUUUUGGAGGAGACAGUUUCAACUAGUACACUUAAUAUAACUAAAACAGAAAACAUUGAAUAUCGAAAUAUUCCAUACUUUGAUAUUCGAAGAGAGAUUCUUGAGAACAAUGACUUGGCCAAGCUUGUAACAGUUAUUGUCUUUGAUCUUGAGACUACUGGAUUUAGCAGAACGGAAGACCGAAUUGUUGAGAUUGCACUACGAGAUCUUCAUGGAGGUGAAAAUAGCACAUUCCAGACACUAGUAAAUCCUGGACGGUCUGUUCCCAACACAAUUGUUCAUGGCAUUUCAAAAUGUAUGGUCGAAAAUCCCAAUGUUCCAAGGAUGAAAGAGGUGGCACCUAUAUUGUUGCAGUACGUCAAAAGUCGUCAUAAACCUGGUGGCUAUGCACUAUUGGUGGCUCACAAUGGUCGUGCUUUUGAUGUACCAUUUCUGAUUACUGAGUUAAACCGCUGUGGUGUUGAACUUCCGUCUAAUUGGCUUUUUCUGGACUCGCUCCCUCUUGCGCGGAAAUGGAUAAAAACUAAAGGAGUGAAAAGCCGGACAAGUCUCCAGGGCCUUCGUGAACACCUCGGAAUUAAGUUGGAAGGUCCAGCUCACAGAGCCAUGUCGGAUGUCAGAGUAUUGAUAAUAAUUUUUCAGAAGAUGACUUUCGAUCUGAAAGCUACAGUUGCUAGCCUAGUCGCAGACUCUUUCACAGCAUCAGAGAAGAAGAAUGAGAUGAAGGAGAGUGACGUAAAGAAGAAGAAAAAGAAUUGAAGCUACUUUAGGUUUUCAAAAUAUGGUCAUUGCAACUCCAACACAUUCUUGUCAAAGUAACGUUAAAGUUAAAGCUAUUUAUUUUGUAGGGGUUAGAAAUGAUUUGUUAGAAGAAUAUACGGAUAUGCUUUCGUUGAGAGUCGAACUCGAGACCUCCUGCUCUAGCCAACCGAGCUACGAAAGCUUGCUGUAUUUGUUUAUUUUUAAGUUUUAAUUUAGUAGGUGAAAAAAAGAUAGAAUGAUUAGAUUCUGAUAUCUAUUUCCACCAUUCAUUUUUUGCUAGAA